AUGAGCGGUGUCUUACCUGGGUAUUUGGGGUGUGCAGGCUGCCCUAGGUCAAAUGGGCAAAGUCCUAAAAUCUGCUGGGACAUGUUUCUGAUUGGACCUGAGAACAGCCAGUGCAAACCCUUAAAGACCCCCAGAAUCAUUUGGGAGCUGCUUCUCCCCUUCCCCCAUCUCCCGGGCGCCCACAUCCCAUCUCCCGAGCAUUCAAAGGCCGCUGGGAUCUGGCUGCCAGGACCACACGUGCCUGUCCUGGCCAGGACACCCGGCAGCGUGCCCGGCCAUGGCCAGGGGCCUUCGGCAUCGAUCCAGCCCCGCGGCUGUAAAACUCACACAGUGCUGAGCAAACAGAUGGGCUGGGGCAAGGUCUGACCCCCGCCCCUUGCGCUGCUGCGCGCAGGGACCGGCACGGCCCCUCCGACGUCACCUCUCCCUUCUCUCUGUUCCCCAGACUCGGCGGAGGGUGAGCAGCUGGGGACACGCAGCGAGGCCCCAGGGGACACCAGAGCAUCCAUUGCCAGGACCAUGGCAGCCCAGCCUGGUGGGAGCCAGAAGCCCUUCCACGUCGUCUCACCCGUGCUGGAGAGCCUGCCCCUCUCCAAGGCAGCGGGCACCAAGGUCUUCAUGAAGCUGGAGAAUGUCCAGCCCAUGGGCUCCUUCAAGAUCCGGGGCAUCGGGCACCUCUGCCAGGAGGCUGCCAAGAAGGGCUGUCGCCGAUUUGUCUGCGCCUCAGGGGGGAAUGCUGGCAUGGCAGCAGCAUAUGCAGCCAAGAAGCUGGGGCUGCCCAUCACCGUGGUGAUCCCCAGCAGCAGCGGCCCCAUCCCCAAGCGCAAGCUGGAGGAGCUGGGGGCGACCGUGGAGGUCUAUGGCAAGGCAUUUGAUGAUGCAAACAAGAGAGCCCAGGAGCUGCUGAAGACGGAGGGCUGGGUCAGCAUCCACCCCUUCGAUGACCCCUUGGUGUGGCAGGGUCACACCAGCCUGGUCCGGGAGCUGAAGGACUCUCUGGAGACCAAACCAGAUGCCAUCGUGCUGUCGGUGGGCGGCGGGGGGCUGCUGGCAGGUGUCGUGGAGGGCCUGCAGCAGGUGGGCUGGCAGGAUGUCCCCAUCAUCGCUGCUGAGACCCAGGGAGCCCACAGCUUCCACGAGGCACUGAAAGCCGGACGGCUGGUCACCCUGCCUGACAUGACCAGUGUGGCCAAGUGCCUGAGAGUCAAGACAGUGGCAGCACGGGCGCUGCAGUGCGCCCAGGAGUGCCAGAUCAUCUCCCAGGUGGUGGAGGACACCGAGGCUGUGGGGGCUGUGGAGCAGUUCCUGGAUGACGAGAGGAUGCUGGUGCAGCCGGCGUGCGGGGCCGCCCUGGCCACGCUCUACACGGGGCGGCUGCAGCGGCUGCAGCGCGAGGGGAAGCUGCGGACCCCGCUGGGCUCCGUGGUGGUCGUGGUCUGCGGGGGCGGCAACAUCAACAUGGCACAGCUGCGAGCCCUGAAGAGCCAGCUGGGGAUGGAGUGACACCCACCCCGAGGCAGGGGACACGGCAGAGCCUGGCUGGCACCCUCUGCUUGCUUUCCUUCCGAAAUAACCAAAAUAAAGCCUGGUGGACGCAG